AGACUGCGAAAGUUGUUUGCUGACAAAUAAGAUUGCCACAAAUUAUUAUCUCAAUUCUGCUCAAAACUCAACAUUCUUCAGCCAACCCGUUGUUAUUCAUCUUAACUUAAUAUUAAUUUAACACUGAAGGGGAAAAAUUAAUCGGACAGUUUAACGUUCAAAAUUUUAAAAAUGGCUCGAAUGGAAACAAAAACGUUUCCUGUGCUUCUGUUGUUCAUAAUAUCGGUGAGCCAGGUUUCAUCUGGUCAAACGAAGUACCCGGAGAAAAGCGGCGAUCGCAUGCAAACAAUCAACAGACUGUUCCGCUACAAUUUGCUUGAGAUUUCAUCAAAUAGUCUCGAUCACAUCCUGCAACUAGUGAAUGUUUCGACGGCUUUGAGCGAAAUUCAGACCGAAUUCACGAGUUACAAAGGAGAAUAUGAGGACCUGAUUGAGAGAGCUGCUCAAACAGAGGUUUCCAUGGAAGACUGUUGGGGCAGUAAGUCUGGCGCAGAUGCAUGCUUGGAAUGUGCUGAAGAGUGCAGUGAGACAGGUGUAUGCAUGGAACAACUGAAGUCAAGAGUCCAAGUCGCUACGAAGUCAAUGUCUACAUCGAAAAUUGUAAAUUUCCAGGAUCUGAAAUUGAAAAUUGAUUCUGACAUUCAACUCGUCAACGAUUUCAUCGACAGUGUGCACAAAAAAGUGAACAAAAUUGAGCCUUUCGUUGUGCAAAGUCUGGCUCAAAUGAAACAACUCAUCACCAAAGACAAUCCAAUCAAGGCCCACCUGAUGAAAAAACUAAACAUGACAGGUGCAGAGAUCGCGGAGAUCUUCAAAGAUCUUUCUUUUCGCAAUCCGGGUAACCGAAAAGUGAUGGUUAUGAAUGACCAGGAGGUAAUACAAGUGAGGAAAAGUGUGGACAAGUUGUUGAAGGGAAUGGGGGGCAAAGGAGCAGCUAUGAUUGAUUUGGAGGAUUUGAUGGAUUUCGUGGAUGUGCCGAAUGAAAGCAAGCCGAAGGGAAGAAAAUCGACUUUCGACAAGGUGUUGGAUGUGUUGGAUGGAUCUUGGAAGAAGACUAAGAAAGUGACUGGCACAGUUUGGGGAGUGACCAAAGAUGUCUCCUCCACCGCCUACUGUUCCGUCAAGAGCGUCUUCUUCAACUCCAACUGCAGAAACAACAACAGACGCAGCCGAAGACAAACGACAACCACGUAUGAUGAUGAUGAUGUAGUUGAUAGUAGCCAAUGUGAUGAUGCCAGUUUCAUCGGGUUUCUACUGGAAGAAAAAUGCUCAUCUUACUCAGCGUGCUCCAAGUGUUCAUCUGACUUUUUAUCAAAAGCAAUGAGCUGCAGUGACAUGAAGAUUGAAAUGCUCCUCCGUGAAUACCAAGAAUUGACAAACGUCUUCGCUUCUUUCGAACAAAAGUUAAACCGUUUUAUGGCUCAGGCUGAAAGACAACGUGGGAUCCUCCUGAACAAUGCCAACAAAGUAUUCAUCGAGAACCUGUGGAUCCUUCCGCUUGUCGCCAAGUUCCAAGAAAACGAGGAUGUUUUCGCAAUUGAUGAAAUUUGGUUCGACCCCGAAGACUACCAACAGCGGGACUCGAAGGUGUUCUAUAACAAAGUACAAGUUGAGAUGUCGGAUAAGUUGGCAAAUAUCUUUCUCGACCUUGUGAUGACGUUGAAGCCGUUUGACGUGCACAAUGAAACCAUGACAGGUCAGGUCGUUGCUGAAGAGUUUGUGUCCAAAUUCAAGAAGAUGGAUUAUAUCCAGGAGGCGGUUCAAGUUGCAGUCCAGGAAAUGAGCAUAAAUGAAAUAUAGACUGAACGGGAAAAUUUCAACUAGGAGUCCUAAUUUCAACUAGCCGAAAGUUUGAUUAGUAAAUUUCAUUAGGUUUAUAUCGAACAGCAUUGUUUUUUCAUUACAAUUUUUAAAUUACAAGACAAAUGCGGAGUUGCCGCUACCAAAAAUUAAGCUUCAAGAUGACUGAGUUUGUAGAUCCAAAACAAUUUCAAAUAUUGUAAGUUUCUAUAUAUGUUUUGGCUUGUUGACUUCGUGUUUAAUGACUGACAAUCGAUGCAGGAUUUGAAGUUGGUGAUAAGUGGGGUUAAUUUUCAUGUCCGAAGAACCAAAUACCAUAUAUGUUUGAGCAGUCAACGUAGACUGUUCAAAACUAGCUCAUAUCUUUUUUUGAGCACUGAAGUAUAAUUCACUAAAAAUUUUUGGGCAUUGGUUCUUCCUGACGUGAGGGUUGAUAAAUUACUUCCAUAAAUGAGAGAGAUCUCUCAUAGAUUUGAGAGAAUGGUUUUUGAUAGAUUAGUUAUAGGUAUUUAUUAUCUACCAUCUAUAAUAAUUAAAAUAUUGAUCGAAUCA